AUGUUUGCAUGGUACGUGUUAUUGAUAUUUGUGCACCGUGCUGUCGCUGACGCCAGUAAAGAGCUGGAGGCUCUGUGGUCUCAAAAGCUGCAAGAAAGCGCACAAAAUCGUGACGCGGUGAGUAUCGGUGGCCCACAGAGACCUGCCUCAUUCUCAAGCAAUUCUGCGCGGCUCUCCCUUCUCUUCCCGUUCUUGAACUACGUUGACGUCUUUUUUGGCACCCAAGCACAUGGGCAUAUGUUUCCCGGGGUAUCUUUGCCCUUUGGCAUGUGCAAAAUGGGCGUGGACGUGCUGGAUCCACAUCUUGGAGAUUCGUACGCCGGAUACCAGUUCGGUGGAGAAAUCUCCGGUGUUUCUAUGCUGCACGAGUCCGGGACAGACAUUACUCCGCAUUAUGGUGUUGUUUCGCAAUUGCCAUUGCUCGCAAAAUCUCUUCACCAUAUUGAUACCACGGAACCGAUAGUGGCAUCAAGGUCCCAUCCCGAUGCCGGACACAUUGGUUACUACAAAGUGUGGUUGGAAGAUCGCAUCGAAAUCGAGUUCUCCGCCUCCCGUCGGUCUGGACUCUACAAAUACACCUUCCCAGUUAGUCGACCACUGAAACAUAAGAACAGUAGGUUGCUUGCACCUGUCAUUCUGGUCAACGUGAGCCAUCACUUGCACUCAUUCCAUAAGCCGUGGUUAUCGCAACAAUUCAGAGGCGGGUUCAUACAAAUAUCCAAAGAUCUGAAGUCUUACCACGGCAAAGCUUAUUUUUCGCAUGGUACAAGUCCUACGAAGUCCUGGAGUGUCAGCUUUUAUGGGGUUUUUGAUAAAGCCGCGAAGAAAGUGCGCGUGUUCAAAGACGACCACUCUCACAGCGGAUUGAGACACGGCGAGGCAGAUGAGUCAAACUAUAAUCUAGGGGCACUCUUCGAGUUUGAAGUUGGAACUAGAAUAUUGCAUUCGCAUGUCGGCGUAAGUUUUCGUGACGUUCCGACUGCCCAGGCCAAUAUUCACCAUGAUUAUCCUUCUACACACCUAUUCGACUUGGACUGGAGCGUUGAAAAUGCGGUGAAUACUUGGAACCGCGAAGUUUUCUCCAAAAUUUCGAUUGAUGUAUCUGAGGAGGACCCCAUAGUGGUCCAAAAGUAUUUCAAUUCCUUGUAUGGCUCACACCUAAUGCCAGUUGACAGAUCCGGUCUUGAAGCACCAUGGCUCAGUCGAGAACCUUAUUAUGACGACUUUCCCUCACUAUGGAAAGCGUUUCGCUGUUUGAUUCCUAUGUUUACUAUUUUAGACCGUUCCAGAGCCACUGAUUUUAUCAGAAGCUUGAUCGACGCUUGGAGGCAUGAUGGUUUCAUGCCAGAGGGUCGCACAGCAUCCUUAAAUACCAGGGUGAUUGGUGGCAGUAGCAGUGACAUUGUGCUUGCAGACGCAUUUUCUAAGGGUAUUAAGCAUAGAAUUGACUGGAAGGUUGGACUUCGUGCUAUGCAGACAAACUCGGAAAGGUAUCCGGAACCUAGGCACGGAAAGAAAGAUACACGCGGUCGCUUUGCACUAUCCGAUUGGUUAGAGUUUGGGUAUGUCACGCAAGAAUUCUCGCGUUCUCUGACAAGAACAAUGGAUUAUGCGUACAAUGACUUUGCCAUUUCAGUAGUGGCCAGAGGACUAGGUUUUAUCAAGACAAGUCAAAAAUAUAUGAAAAGAUGUUCUAAUUGGCAGCAGCUUUGGAAUCCAAGAGCAACAGCUCCACAUCUCUAUUACCACGGUUUCAUCCAGCCCAAAGAUCGUGACGGAGACUUCUACACCAAGAAAUACGACCCAUUGUCCUGUUUUGGCUGUCUUUGGAAAGAUGACGCCUAUAUGGCAAAACCUAUAGAAUACGGUUGGCAGGUACCUUACGACAUGAAAUCGCUCAAGGCACUAAUGGGUUCCAAGGAAAUUUUUGUAGAAAGGCUGGACGAUAUGUUCAGUCUCAACGGUCGCGGUUUUGCAGACAGUCUUAAUGAGCCAAGCUUCAUGACGCCAUUCUUGUACAAUUUCGUCAAUUUGCAGUACAAGACGUCUGAGACUGUGGAUUAUCUUAUCGGAAAAAAAUUCAAGCUUGGUCCGAAAGGCUUGCCGCGCUGCUCGGGAGCGGGAUCAAUCCAGGCUUGGUUAUGGUUCGCUCUUUCUGGGUUCUUUCCAGUUGCAGGCACAGAUAUCUACCUCAUCACAAGCCCAAAAUUGUCAAAAGUCGUCAUCAGCAUUGAUGAGUCAAUCAAAAUUGUGAUAAUAGCGCAUGGUCUCUACCGAGAAACUCACGGUUCGUCACCUUCCAGUUCGACCAGAAACAAAUACAUUAAAAAUGUUAAGUUGAAUGGGGAUUACAUAGACCGCAAUUGGUUUACUCAUGAGGAGCUGUUUGGAGAACAUGGUGGCUUGCUCGAGUUUUUCAUGGCUCCCUUCCCAGUUCACUGGGAUGAAGAGGGCGAAUCGCCUCCAAGUCCUGGACAUUACAACCGUCGCCAUAUACAUUGA